GUGUUUUAAGAGGCACCGAGCUCCAGAAAAACAGCCAAAGAGCAAUAAAUCCUAAAUGCACCCAUUUUUUAUGCAAGACUGCUUUAGGUUGGUAUGCAUAAUUCAGCUUUCUGAAGGAUAUUUGGAAUGCAUAGUCUGCCUUUAUGGAAGAAUAUGAUUUGGAUUUGGAUGAGGCAGAAAUGUUCAGAGGGGCCACGUUAGGCCAUUGGUGGAAGGACGGGGACGGCAGCAGGAGUACACAAAGCCACGAAGGAGGCUGCAAGGUUGAGAGCUGCAGCUGGGCCAAGGAAGUCCAGGACAUCUUUGGACCACAAGCUGAAGACGCCUACAGUGGGGGGCGAACCAGGCUGUCCAGCAUCUCUGCUCAGAGGAAUGAGAGAGAGUCAAUCAGGCAGAAACUUGCCCUUGGCAGUUUCUAUGACGACGAGCCUGUCAUCUAUACCAGCUGCAGCAAGAGCACCCCAUCCUUCCGGCUGCAGAGCGGGGUGAACCUGCAGGUUUGUUUCGUUAACGACAGCAGCAGUGACAAAGACAGCGAUGCCGAGGACAGUAGGACAGAGACCAGCCUGGACACACCUCUGUCACCGAUGAGCAAGCAGAGUUCCUCGUUGUCAGACCGUGACACUGCGGAGGAAGACUCGGAUCCGUUGGAUGACUGCAGCGGGUUCUGGCGGGUGCAGCGAAGGCUGCAGGAGGAGGCCCGGGUGGCGUUGGCGCUGGCUCGACCCAUGGCUCGCAUGCAGGUGGAGGUGGAGAGACAAAUCCAGCUGCAUAAACGUUCGCCUGUGGCCGACCUGCUCCCUCAUCUGCCCCACAUCAGUGAGGGGUUGGUGAAGUGGAACCUGAGGCGUGGGGACAUGAGAGACAUGAGUCUGGGGCAGCUGCAAGUCAUAACAAAUGACUUACACUCACAGAUUCAGAAUCUAAAUGAGGAGCUGGUGCAGUUGUUACUAAUGAGGGACGAGUUGCACGUGGAGCAAGACGCCAUGCUGGUGGACAUAGAAGACCUCACCAGGCAUGCACACAGCCAUCAGCGGCACCAAACAGAGAAAGCAGUCUCUAAAUAAACCUCCUAGUUCACGCUUGUCCAUCUGCACGCCAUCCAACCUCCAGUACCACAGACUGUUGCCAGUGUUUUGUAUUUUUCAAAUCAAGCCAUGGUGAUGAGUUUUGGAAAACCCGACUAAACAGCCUAUAGAAUAAACACACAUGCAAUUUUGUUGCAUCGCAUGACUCGGUCUGAAAACCCCCCCCAAACCAAAGUCAGAAAAGAAUAAGUACACUAAUUUCAAUAUGAACACAAAUGAGCUGGUGAAGGCUUUUCACCUUAACCAAACAUGUCAUAUGUUGUAGCUGUUAGGAUGGGGGAAUCCUUUUGACAUCAUUUGUGUUCAUGUUUUUUUUUUUUUUUUUUUUUUUUUUUUUUUUAGCUUUUGGUGAUUUUUGCACUAUUCAUUUUUGGGAAUAGCUCUUGAGCCUUGUUUUGCCUCUUUUUUUUUUUAGAGCUCUUCAAAUGUGCCACAUAAAACACUAGAUUUUAUUGAAAUGCUCUGCAUAUUUGUAAAGUGUAUCAUUUAUUUCACUCUGAGCACUGUAUCAAAGCUGGUUCAUCACUGAAAUUCCCUUUUAGCAUCUGCUUGAAACUGAAUUUUUACUUUGUUCCUAUCGAUAGAGUAUUAACAUCAAGAUAGUCAUUUAAAACCACAGAGUCAUAUUAAAGUAAGAACAUUCUGAUAGGAAAUAUGCAAAAUCCUGCUUUAUGUUUUAUUUACUUAUGCAGACCAUACAACAUGUUGGUUAUAUAUUAACAAAAAUUGUCAGAAGAAUCUAUUUUAUCUGUGUAAAUGUUAAGAGGCUUUAUUUAAAGAAUGAAUAACUUGAUUAGAUGUAUUUGGUGUUUUCACACUCAGCUUUCUAAGAAUGUCAGUUCACACAAAGAUCAACUUUAUAUCGUUUGCUUCAUUAACAAAUGUACUGUACAAUGAUUGUAAUAACGAACCCAGUAAUAAUAAAUGUUUAAACUGUG